UGAUGAAUGGACUGUUGUCAUCGCUUUUGCACCUUCUGGAGUUCUGUCCUGAAAAAUGCCAUUGUUCCACUUAUAAUGGCAAGAUUUGAAACGUCUGCUUCUUGAGAACAGCGACUUCUUCAUGCAUGUAGCUGAAGUUCCUGUAAAGACCUGUUCUUUGCGCUUGCUCUUCUUCUUGAUGAUACCCAGGCUUACUUGGCAAAUUCUCUUUCUCUUUGAAUUUCUCAAAUGAGUAUGACUUGCUGUUUUAUGAUUUCUAUUUAGCCACUGUGUCAAUCAGACCUGUGGCUGUUGACAGAUUUGUGUUCGCAUUAAAGAAAGAUGAAGAAAUGGUAUGGUGGUGUUGUAGCUGCAUCUCUUUUCAUGUUACUUGUCCUAAGAUAUGUGGUCUUGAACAAUCCCAUGGGGCAAGGCUAUCUGUCUAACCCAUUCUCCUCUAAUGCAUCUAAUCCUCUCGAGUGGGUGCGUGCUACCGCUCCACCUACCAUUCAAAAUCCAGUGAACAGAUCUGUUGUUAUCUCCACUGAAACAGUGGUCUCGAGUCUUUUUGCUGAAAGGAAUAUAUCUACUAAAGAGCAGCAAUCUCUCUUGUCUUGGCAUCAUAUGAGGCAUUUGAUAGAUAAAGCUCAAGGAUUACCUAACGGUUUGGAGGCUAUAAAACAAGCUGAGAAUGCAUGGAACAGCCUCAUGUUCUCGGUUGAAGAGGAAAGGCUCGCCUCUGGCAAUGACACUACACGAAGGAGGACAAAUGAGAAACAAUGUCCUCAUUUCCUUAACAUGAUGAAUGCUACGGAGCUUGGUAAUGAAGGUGUUAGGGUGCGAGUUCCUUGUGGCCUUACCCAGGGCUCUUCGGUAACAAUUAUUGGCAUCCCAAAUGGCCUUCUUGGCAACUUUCGGAUUGACUUAACUGGGGAACCACUUCCUGGAGAGCCGGAUCCACCGAUUAUUUUACACUAUAAUGUAAGGCUUCAUGGAGAUAAGAUCACUGAAGAUCCAGUUAUUGUCCAAAAUACCUGGACGCUUGCUCAUGAUUGGGGUGAAGAGGAACGCUGUCCUUCCCCAUCUCCAGAAAAGAAUAAGAAAGUUGAUGAGUUGGACCAGUGCAACAAGAUGGUGGGUAAUGAUGAUAAUCGUGCACGUUCCAACAGUUCAAAACUGAGUCCAACCAGGAAGGAUGGAUCUACUUCUAGAAGAUACUUUCCCUUUAAGCAAGGAUAUUUGUCUGUUGCAACACUUAGAGUCGGAUCAGAAGGGAUCCAAAUGACUGUUGAUGGAAAGCACAUAACAUCAUUUGCUUAUCGUGAAACUCUGGAGCCUUGGCUUGUGAGUGAAGUUAAAAUCUCUGGGGACCUUAAACUGAUUUCAGUUCUUGCCAGUGGUUUACCCACAUCAGAGGAUUCGGACCAUACUACUGAUUUGGAAUCCCUCAAAUCAGUUCCUCUUCCUCGCGAGAGGCAAUUAGAUCUCUUCAUUGGUGUGUUUUCAACAGCAAACAACUUCAAGCGUCGCAUGGCUGUUAGGAGAACAUGGAUGCAAUAUGCAGCUGUGCGCUCAGGGGCAGUAGCAGUGCGCUUUUUUGUUGGUUUGCACAAGAACCAGAUAGUGAAUGAGGAGCUGUGGAAUGAGGCAAGAACAUAUGGAGAUGUACAGCUGAUGCCCUUUGUGGACUACUACAAUCUCAUAACUUGGAAAACCCUUGCCAUCUGCAUCUUUGGGACAAAGGUCCAUGUGGCCAAGUAUAUAAUGAAGACUGAUGAUGAUGCAUUUGUUCGUGUGGAUGAAGUGCUGGCUUCUUUAAGUAGGAUAAACAGAAAAAGUGGGCUGCUGUAUGGACUCAUCAACUCUGAUUCUCGGCCUCAUCGAAGUACGGAUAGCAAGUGGUAUAUCAGCCACGAGGAAUGGCCUGAAGAUUCUUAUCCCCCUUGGGCACAUGGGCCUGGUUAUGUGGUGUCCCAUGACAUUGCAUCUGCUGUCCAUAAGAAAUAUCAGGACGGCCGAUUGAAGAUGUUUAAGUUGGAAGAUGUGGCGAUGGGGAUCUGGAUUGCCGAUAUGAAGAAGAGUGGUCUGGAAGUACAUUACGAGAACGAAGGGAGGGUCCAUAACGAGGGCUGCAAGGAUGGUUAUGUGGUCGCCCACUACCAAGGCCCUCGAGAGAUGCUCUGCCUAUGGCAGAAACUUCAAGAAGCCAAACGUGCAACGUGUUGCGGAGAUCGGUAGUCUCUUACAGUUUCUGAAGCUGCACGACGAGCGAGAGUGACAUCUCCGUAAACAGAUCAUUGCGUGGAAAGAAGCAGAGGUUUCCUCCACUAAUUUCUCCUCCAAUUUUGUUUAUUCUUUUCCCCGACUACCACGUAUAGUUAGUAUUCUGUGUGGUCCAUGUGGGUAAUGCAGAGAAGUGUCGGACGAGUUGAUCACCGCACAAAGAGAGAGAGGAGGGAGAUGAUUGUACAGAGUUAGUUAGUCAUAGGUGAUUACUAGGCAACCGCUUGCCACGGUGUUGACAGACAUUAAAUACCCUAUCAAUUACCAGCAUUCUUUUUGCUCUA